GGACUAUUGGUCGCAUCAGCAGCCAGUUUCAAUUUAAUCCAGUCUGCGUGGAGUUACAUGUAGAGGUAGACGCAUCGAAUGCAAAGAAAUCCACCUCCUCGUGUACCGGGCGCCAUGUGGUAAAUUCGUCGAUCGUUAUUCUUUACAUCUCCAAAGACUCUGCUGAAACGAGUUAUUCAUGCAGCCGAACCGGCUGACCUUUUUCACAUAAUUCACACUCAUUCCCCUCGAAACAGACCGUGCCUGUUGUCUACCCGCUACUAUCUUCUAUUUCGAUUGUCGGACAUCUGUCCUUAGCACUCUGCCGAGAGAGUACUUCAUUGUAUAUCAAGAGAAUUUGGUGCACUGAUUGAAAGGUGAAGGUACGUGUUGUUAGGAAACAGUCGAAUAAUACUUCUUUUCGUGAUAGUUGAAGAUUCAGCCGAUGAUGUCAUUUCAUAAAUGACGAAGAACUUUUUAUAAAGAACGAUUCGUUUACCUCGUCAACUAUAACGGUGCGACAAGUGUAAUUAUUGUUAUAAAUAAUGAAACCCUUGCACACUCUAUUCCUGUACAUCAGUGUGUUUUCGGUAUGAAACAUUACAUGGAAAAAUAUCGUGUAUUAGUUUUUGAUAAUUAGUUUGAAGAAUCUUGUGAAAGAGUGAAAAUCAAACGCUUACGAUACGUCCUUGAAGAGGAUGCCGGUGGGAAGGUCGUCAAAGAUGGAUAUUCGAUUAUUUGUUUUACUCUUCUUCUUCGCGUUUGUUCAUCAAAGUAUCAACGCUGAAAAUUUGAAACUAUGCGUGGUCGAGAGCAUUCAUACAACAAAAAGGGUCCGCGAACUUUGCAAGCAGUUGGUAAUCUCAGGGAGUCAGGUAGAGUGUGUUAUAGGAAAUGAUAGGUUUAAUUGCCUGCGGCGAUUGACCAUGGCCAAAGCCGACUUUACCGUAAUGGAACCGGAAGAUCUGGUCGCAGCAUCCGCGUACAACGAAUACAACAUUCUAGUCACGAACGAGCUAAGAAUGCUUCCAGAUGAGAAGCAACGUUAUGAGAUGGUAGUCAUAGUAUCUAAGGAUGUGAGGAAUAUUUGGGACGUUAAGGGUAAGAGAUUCUGUCAUCCUGGACUGGAUACCACCGAUGAUUGGACCAAUGCAUUUUCUACGUACUUUGACGAAUGGGUAAUAUUGAGAAAAUGUGAUCCGGAUAAGACGUUGUUGGAGAAUCGAAUGGACGGUUUGUCGAAUUUCUUCGAAGCAGCUUGUAUUGCUGGCGCUUGGACCGCCGAUACCACAUAUGAUAGUAAAUUAAAAUCGAAGUAUAGGAAUCUUUGCGCCGCGUGCGAUAAUCCAGUCGGCUGUUAUACGAAUGAUGCCUAUUACGGUCGCGAAGGUGCUUUAUUCUGCCUCACUGAUAACGCAGGUGACAUUGCCUGGGUUAGAUUAAAUGAUACCCUGCUGCAUUUUAAGACGGAACGGAUCAGUAAAGAAAAUUACAAGUAUCUUUGUCCGGAUGGUACGACGAGGCCCGUGAAACUUGACAAACCAUGCGUAUGGAUAACAAAACCAUGGCCGAUGGUCGUCGCUAGAUCAGAGGUAGCAGAAAAGGUGGAGAAGAUGAUGAGCUCCUUGAAAAUGGACAAGUUCAGUUCGAUACUACGCCAAUUGUUGGAAAAUUAUCAUCCAACGCCGGUGAGCACAGAUACUCUGGAAACGCCGGAGGACUUCCUAACAAGAUUUCCUCGUUUCAUGACCGCUAAUAAUCGUGCAACGUGUCAUCCAUCGAGAAGAGUGAAAUGGUGCGUCGCGUCCAAUUUGGAAGAGAAUAAGUGUCGGUGGCUCAGGGAAGCUUCGAUCGUGUAUGGCGUGGAACCAGCAAUUUCGUGUAUCCAGGAAUUGAGCAGAGCAGGUUGUUUAAAGACUCUCAAGACCGAGCGUGCGGAUAUAUUCGUUGCAAAGCCGGAGGAGCUGUUUGACGCCAGAAAAAUGGGUCUAAAAACGAUCGUGCAGGUGGUACCCAAGAGGAACAAUGACUUCGUUAGAAUUGCGGCUAUCGUCCAACAGGAUUCAUGGAUCAAGAGUUUGAGAGACUUGAAAGGAGUCAAGGCGUGUUUCACGGGAUAUCGAGACGUUGGGUGGUACGCUUUUGUGGCUGCUCUGAAGAAUAUAUCAGGUACAAAGUCUUAUUGCUCGGACACAGAAGCAGUUGCUAACUUUUUUACAGAGAGUUCCGUUGUUGGUCUGAGUGACAGUGACGGCCAAAUGCCAUAUAAUUUACAUGCCUUGAAUAUCCAAGCGAACGGAGUUGGGAAAGAUUUGAUUGCCUUUGACUGCAUGAUGUCUGAUGUUGGAGACGUGGCUUUUGUUGAUUUAAAGAACAUCGAGGGGAAAAUUGGCAAUCCUGGCUAUCAGACGAGGAAUAACAAGUACCGAACCCUAUGCCUUAAUGAGGUCGAUUCGGAUGAAACAUGUUUGCUUACGUGGGCUCCGUUAGGCAUGGUGAUAACACAUGAAAAUAUAACAGACGUAAGACGAGAAGAAAUCUACUCGAUGCUUUUGGAAAUGGACAAGCUUUUCGGAAUUACUUUCAAGGGCCCAACGCCUGCGUUCUCCAUGUAUGGAAUAUAUGAUUCAAAUCAUAGUAUUAUAUUUCCGGACGAAACUCAACAUCUACAGUUAGAAGUUCACCAAAUUCAACGUGUAGCGAGUUACCCUGUUAUUAUUGAUGAUCUUGUAAAACAAGUUAAUUGCAACGGCGCGGCAUAUUUGAAUUUCCAUUAUAGUUACAUGAAGGUUAUAUAUAUUUUGAUCGUUAUGUUAAGUAAAUUACAAAUUACUUGAGCAUAAAUGUCUUUCCUUACAUCAUUAUAUAAGUCUAUGUUUUGAUAAAGUGAUAUUUAGAAUAAUAAAGAAAUUAUUACUGAAGAA